AUGGCAACCAAUAUUGAUUUGUUUCAUGAUAAACUCUUCUGUUUCAAAAAGGGCUCUAUGUUGGUGUCGUUCACCUUGGCGUUGGAGUUGUUCCAGACGAAGUAUCGUGCACGAGCUGGCGUAUUUUUUGGCAUUAUGGCGGUGAUUGGUGGCGUGGUGUUAGGAAUACUUGCAUACCUAAUACGAGACUGGAGAUACAUUCAACUAGCCCUCUCAUUCAUUCCGUUUAUUUUACUGCUUUUAUGUGUGAGCUUAAACCAGUGCCUUCCUGUUUUUGUUCCUGAGUCACUUCGCUGGCUCAUUCUUCACAAAAAGUACGAUAAAGCAGAGCGUGUAGUUCGACGCAUAGUUAUGUUCAACAGGCUGCGGUGUCCUGAGGAAAUCCUGGCGGAAAUUAAAGAGAGUCGCGUACUGCAAGAUAACCGAGCGAAACGAAUCCGAAGACCAAGCGUUAUAGAACUCUUCAGAUCUCGAUCAUUACGAAAGAGAAGUUUAACUCUAAUUUUACUGUGGUUUACUGUGUCUUCGGCGUUUUAUGGUCUCGCCUUCAAUAUUUCAGCACUGUUCGGCGAUAAAUACAUCAAUUUUGGGAUAAGUGAAGCAGUGGAUUUGUGUGCGAUCUUGGUGAUUUUAUGGGCUGUCCCAAAGUUUGGACAUCGCAAGCCAUUGGUUAUCGAAUUCUUUAUUUGUGGAAUUGCAAAUUUUAUAUCACUUGCAACAAUCGCCAUGAAAUCAGAUUCAACGAGUCUAAAAAUUCUUGAAACUGCAUGUGCGCUUAUUGGAAAGUCCUCCGCCCUGGCUGCCUUGAAUACUAUAGGCACAUUUACUGCUGAACUGUAUCCUACAGUUAUACGAAAUAUAAGUCUUGGUGUUAAUAGUGCUUGGUCAAGAAUUGGAGGCAUGCUGUCACCACAGAUAUUCUUGCUGGGCGCAUAUACUGCGAAAUUCGUCCCAUAUGCUAUCUUUGGUGUGCUGUCACUCACCAGUGCUUUCCUAAUCCUUCUGCUCCCCGAAACUCACAACACGUCACUGAUGGACACUGUUGAUGACGUGAGACGGCAGAAACUUGUUAUUGAAACCAACCUCGACGAAGAAGACGAUCAUGAACGGUCGAAGAAUGUGGAAGGGAGCAGCCUUAUACGGUGAUGCAAAGCCCGCGUGCAGGUUGAGAAGGAGCUAUAAUCUAGGUAACGUACGACAUAUGCCACUUAACAUGGGGGGCAAAGGAGGCUUUUCCAUUUAAAAGAUUGCAUUGCAAUUCGUUAAAUUUACUCUAUUCGCUUGCGUGAGUAUCUCACGCAAAGAGUUUCAAGAGAGUAGAACAUUUAUCAAUCGCCUUGCGAAAAGCCUCCAGACACUGACAUAGAAUCGCCGACACUGUGCACUAAUAGCAAGCGUCAAUGCAGAAGUGGAGUUAACAGGAUACUUACUGCAUGUCUUUCUUUCCUACCUCAUCGUUCCGGCGUCUUUGGAUAGUAGAGACUUAAAUGUAGACUUGCGCUUAAAGCAAACGCCAAACUAACUUUGUGUUUAACUACCUUAAAACGCGCAAUAAUUUCGUUAAAUUCACUGAGAGCUUUUCCAGAUAUAAGGAAAGGUGGGCAGCUAAAAUACUGAACUGCUACUAUUAAAUAAUCAAAUUCAAUAUGUCUUGCGUCAGACACACUGUGUAAUUAUGAUAUCUGAAAAACAAUUCGGCA